AUGUCCGCCUUAUUAGGUCUUGGUUAUGAAUCCAGCGACGAUGACGCCACAGCUAUGCCCAACUCGUCUGUGACGACCGCGACCAAGGUCGUUGCUGCACCAGAGGUCAAUACAGAGGACCAAGCGCAUAUGCAGAUGGCUCUCGCCAACGCCUCAUCCAAAGCCCUCACCUACAAUGCCACAUACGAUGAUCUUACGAAGCCUUCCCAGGGCCCUGUGAAUCCGUUCAAGCCGACAGGUCCGGGAAACGGUAUCAAAAGAAAGAACGUUCCGACAGGAUUUGCCGAAGAAGCAGCCAUUAGCGAGUCCACAUUUGCUGCGCAGCAUCGCACGUUCCAAAGUCUGGGAUACACGCGCAAUCCGACACAACCGGACCAAUUUAUCGGAAAUCUCGAAAAUGCGGCGCAAUAUGGAGGCCGGGAUGCUGUGCAAAUUAAGCCGACUAAGAGCGCGUCCGCAGACUGGCGGACAAAGCGGCAAAAGAAGGGCGAUUCCAGUGUUGUGGAAGGAGAAGGCGCAUACUUGGGACCCUGGGCGAAAUACCAAAAUGACCAGCAAUAUGACUAUGUGGAGGUGGCUGAAGGAGAUGAGCGCGCGCUUGCUAGCGACGAGGAAUAUGUCGAAGAGGAAGAUGAGACUCUGACUACCACGGCGCCCAUGCCGGCCAUGAGCAAGGAUGCCACUGCCUACGAAGGCGACCUUUCCAAGCAAGAAACCACCGAGUUCCACGGAUCAGAGCAGUACGACUACCAGGGCCGGACGUACAUGCACGUGCCCCAGGACCUGGAUAUCGAUUUGCGCAAAGAGCCCGGCACCACCAAGAACUACGUACCGAAAAAGCUGGUCCAGACUUGGAAGUCGCACACCAAGCCAAUCACCUCUCUUCGAUUUAUCCCCAAGUCCGGCCACUUGCUUCUUUCGUCGGCAGCCGAUGGAAAGGCCAAGCUCUGGGAUGUGUAUCACUCUCGGGAACUCUUACGUACUUUCUCCGGCCACACGAAGGCAAUCUCAGACACGGACUUCCACCCAUCCGGGAAGACUUUCCUUACCGGUUCAUACGACCGACAGAUCAAGCUCUGGGAUACCGAAUAUGGUAAAUGCCUUGGCCGCUUUUCCACGGGCAAGACCCCGCACGUCGUCCGGUUCAACCCCGGCGAAGAUCACUCACACGAGUUCCUGGCUGGUAUGUCCGACAAGAAGAUCGUGCAAUUCGACACCCGGUCCGGCGAGCUGGUACAAGAGUAUGACCACCAUCUGGCAGCCGUCAACACCCUCACUUUCGUUGAUGACAACCGCCGUUUCAUCUCCACCUCAGACGACAAGUCGCUGCGCGCUUGGGAAUACGGCAUCCCCGUCCCGAUCAAGUUCAUCGCAGAGCCAUACAUGUUCGCACUUACCCGUGCGACGCCCCAUCCGAGUGGCAAGUAUGUUGCAUUCCAGUCAGGCGACAAUCAGAUUGUCGUCUACAGCGCGACAGACAAAUUCCGCCAAAACCGGAAGAAGCGCUUCGUUGGGCAUAAUACUUCCGGGUAUGCUGUCGAUCUCAAAAUCUCGCCUGAUGGCCAGUUCCUUGUUUCCGGUGACAGCGGUGGCUAUGUCUGCUUCUGGGACUGGAAGACCGGCAAGAUGUACCAUAAGAUCCAGGCUGGUGGGAAGGAAGGUGGUGCUGUUACUUGUCUGGACUGGCAUCCCCACGAAUCCAGUAAGGUUGUCACUGGUGGAUUGGACGGUGCCAUCAGAUAUUGGGAUUAA